GCAGUCAGAUGCAGACAUGUGAGGACCUCUCCCCCCUUUCCGAGUGCAACAUGAGGAGGGCUUGGCUGGGAAAGGGUUAACUUCUCAGUCAUCCUGUUCUGUAGUGAUUUAUGAUGAUGUGUAGAGUUUCAAAACGUCCCCCCAGCCCAAAGCGCAGCCCUCUCCCUUCUCAGCCAGUCCACUCCGCCACUCUCCACCGACUUUCCAUGUGCUGGAAUGGGAAGGAGGCGUGCUUGGCUGAUCUGGGGCAUUCUUAGUAAAGUUCCCUUGAUUUCCAGAGGCUGCUGUUGUUGUUUGGAGUUCGGUUUUGGAACAAACCUGAGGCAGCCCUGACAUUUCUGGGACUGAAUCCAGAUGAGGAAGAAGAAAUAGAAGCAGAAGGAAAAGAAGGUGGGAAGAAGUAAAAGGAGGAGGGAAGUAAAGGAAGGCAGGGAGGGAGGUGAGGAGUUCUUUUCCAACAUUCCCGUCUGUUCCCUCAGCCUGGAAAACUUAUUAAUCCCAGUGCUCUUAAGCUGGGAAACAAAGGGACUCCCAGGCAGGCAGGACUGUGGGAGAAAGGGUGAUAAGAAAGGUCCUGGAAUGCUGCAGAGGGGAGAAAAAAAAUCCAGAUUCAGUAAUUGCUAGGACUCCACUUGAAGGGACCUCCGUGUGGCCACAAGGGACUGUCACACACAAGACCCAGGAGAAAAGUGCAGACAAAUGGAGAUUCGAAGACGAACAAGAACAGCUCCCUGUCCCUCAUCACCCUGGUUCAGAAGGUAAAACAAAAAACGACUCAGCUCUCGGUGGAGAGCAGGCUGAGCCCCUCGGGCCGCUUUGCGAGCUGGAAGUACAGCACACCCCUUUUGCAUUGCUCGCCCUCAACCUACGAGGAGGAGACCAAGUGCUGGGAAGGCAGUGUCCUGGGAACCAAACUGCAGGUUUCUUCUGAAACCCUCUGCAUUCCAUCUCCAUGAGCCAUCGUUGGAUUACACAAUGAUGUGGAAAAUGGGACCCCAUCUCACCAUGUUGAUGACAAUGUGGCUGGUGUGUGGAUCAGAACCUCGCCCCCCUGCCUCUGAUAGAGGGAGCCACGGAGGGAAGAAAGUGCCUUUGGUGUCUACAGACAGCCGCAGACCAGCUCGGCUUCUGAGGCACACAGGGAAGUCUCCCAGAAUUGAGAAACCCACUCUGGAAGAGCCAAAUCUCCAGCCUCUCCCAAGAAGGAGAAGUGUGCCCAUGUUGAGACUGGCUCACCCGACCAUGUUGCCAGCCUCCCUGGGCAUGGACAGCACACAUCUAAAGCCAGAGCUGAGACCCACAGGCAGGAGCUCUCCACGUGAGAUGGUCCGAGAUGAAGGGUCUAAUCCCCGGUCGAGAAUGCAGCGGUUCCCGGCUGGCUCCGGCUCUCCCAACAUCCUGGCUGGCUUUGCAGGCAAGAGCAGAGUGUGGGUGAUCUCGGCCCCUCACGCCUCGGAGGGCUACUUCCGCCUCAUGAUGAGCCUCCUGAAGGACGACGUGUACUGCGAGCUGGCCGAAAGGCACAUCCAGCAGAUCGUGCUGCUUCACCAGGCCGGUGAAGAAGAGGGCAAGACAAGGAGAAUCACCAGCGAGGGCCAGAUCCUGGAGCAGUCCCUGGACCCCAGCCUUAUCCCGAAGCUGAUGAGUUUCCUGAAGCUGGAAAAGGGCAAAUUUGGCAUGGUGCUCUUGAAGAAGACGCUGCAGGUGGAGGAACGCUAUCCUUACCCAGUCAGGCUGGAGGCCAUAUACGAGGUCAUUGACCAAGGCCCCAUCCGCAGGAUUGAGAAAAUCAGGCAAAAGGGCUUUGUCCAAAAGUGCAAGGCCUCGGGUCUGGAGGGCCAGGUGGUGGAAGAGGGCAAUGAUGGUGGUGGAGGAGCCAGAAGCCCAGGCCUGGGCAGUGAGAGGAGGAAAGAGGACCUGAGGAGAAUACAGGCUCCCCCAACCAGAGAGCCUCGGGGGAAGGUGCUGAGAAAACUGGCCACCACCAAGACAGCUAGUCCCCCGCCUCCCCCAACCCCAAGAGCCACCACCCUUCCUCCUGCUCCAGCCACAACAGCCCCACGGACCAUGUCCCGGGUGGUAACAGCAGCCACAAGACCUACAACCACUACUGCCUUCCCAACCACGCAGAGACCCUGGACCCUCAGGGUACCCUCCUUCUCAAUCUCUCAGAGGCUUCCGGCAACAGCUGAGGUGACCACUGCCAGGGGACCCCCAGUCUCAGAGCAUCUCUACCCUCCACCCCGGAAGGAGCAGCAGAAAGAGAGGUUCCAGGCCACCAGGAGGCCCGGCAAGACCACCAGCCUUGAGAACUUCACAUCUGUCCCUCCCACUACCGUCUGGGAUCCCAGUAUAAGAACCACUGGCCCGGGCCGUUUCCGGGACAACCACACAGACAGGCGAGGACCUGGACCUCAGGACCCGAGUGUGGUGCUGGGCCCUCACAAAGCAGCAAAGAAACUCCCCAAAAAGAAGACCCAGGACAAAGUCCUUAGCAAUGAGUGUGAGGAUAAAGAGGAGCUCAGCAGGCCUACUGCCUCGCAGCUGGAGGAGGAGCUUCGGGUGGGCAACGUGCCCUCCCAAAGUGCGAAGGAGUCAAAAAAGCGUGGAAAGCUGGAGAACCCCGAGAAAGAGAAGAAAAAGAAGGGCAAGAAUGAGAAACCAGACAAGCUACUCAAGAGUGAGAAGCAAAUGAGGAAGGCUGAGAAGAAGAGCAAACAGGAGAAGGAGAAGAAGAAGAAGAAGAAGAAGGCAGGUAAAACAGAGCAGGAUGGCUAUCCGAAGCCCACCGCGAAACAUCUGGCUCCAAGCCCCAAGAAGUCAGUCAGUGACCUGCUCGGGUCUUUCGAGGGUAAAAGAAGACUACUGCUCAUCACCGCUCCCAAGGCUGAGAACAGCAUGUACGUGCAGCAGCGAGAUGAGUAUCUGGAAAGCUUCUGUAAGAUGGCCACCAGGAAGCUGUCUGUGAUCACCAUCUUUGGCCCGGUCAACAACAGUACCAUGAAAAUUGACCACUUCCAGCUAGAUAAUGAAAAACCCAUGCGUGUGGUGGAUGAUGAUGACUUGGUCGACCAGCAUCUCAUCGGGGAGCUGAGGAAGGAAUAUGGGAUGACCUACAAUGACUUCUUCAUGGUGCUGACAGAUGUGGAUCUGAGAGUCAAGCAAUACUAUGAGGUGCCGAUAGCAAUGAAGUCUGUGUUUGAUCUGGUCGAUACUUUCCAGUCUCGCAUCCAUGACAUGGAGAAGCAGAAGAGGGAGGGCAUUGUUUGCAAGGAGGACAAGAGGCAGUCCUUGGAGAACUUCCUAUCCAGGUUCCGAUGGAGGAGGCGGUUGCUGGUGAUCUCUGCUCCUAAUGAUGAAGACUGGGCUUAUUCACAGCAGCUCUCUGCCCUCAGUGGUCAGGCAUGCAAUUUUGGUUUGCGUCACAUAACUAUUCUGAAGCUUUUGGGUGUUGGAGAGGAAGUUGGGGGCGUUUUGGAACUGUUCCCUAUUAAUGGAAGUGCCACUAUAGAGAGAGAAGACGUACCAGCCCAUUUGGUGAAAGACAUUCGUAACUAUUUUCAAGUGAGCCCAGAAUAUUUCUCCAUGCUUCUGGUUGGAAAAGAUGGAAAUGUCAAGUCUUGGUAUCCCUCUCCUAUGUGGUCCAUGGUGAUUGUGUAUGACUUAAUCGACUCAAUGCAACUUCGGAGACAGGAAAUGGCCAUCCAGCAGUCACUGGGGAUGCGCUGCCCAGAAGAUGAAUAUGCAGGCUAUGGCUACCAUAGUUACCACCAAGGAUACCAGGAUGGCUACCAGGAUGACUAUCGUCACCAUGAAAGUUACCACCAUGGAUACCCUUACUGAACAGAAAUAUGUAACCCAGGUACAGCCAGUUUCCCUCCAGCUGCUAAAGCCAGGUGUGGCCACCUAUAUAAAGGAGUUCUUCCACACUUCUACGUUCCCUGCCUUUUUCUGUUAGUGUUCUUCCAAACUUAAAUAAAUAGCAAACUUUUCCCUA